AUGAUUUCUUCGUCAUCACACCACUUACAGCAAGCGUAUUUAGCUGCUACAGCUGCAGCACUAGGUGCACCACAUCUAUUCUACGCCGCCACAGGAAAUCCCUCAGCAAAUGGAUUAACCAAUGAGCAAUUAUCACCCGAAUCGUAUGCUCUACUAAGAAACUAUCUUCUCCGUUCACAGUCGCCAUCAGACAAACGCGAACAACAUCAAAAACCACCAUAUUCAUAUAUCGCUUUAAUCGCAAUGGCUAUUAAACAUGCACCUCAUCAUAAAAUAACUUUAAAUGGAAUUUACCAAUUCAUCAUGGAGCGUUUCCCAUACUAUCACGAAAAUAAACAAGGUUGGCAAAACUCCAUUCGACAUAAUUUAUCAUUAAAUGAUUGUUUCAUUAAAGUACCAAGAGAGAAAGGUAAACCCGGCAAAGGUAGUUACUGGACAUUGGACUCGAAAUGUGACGAAAUGUUUGAAAAUGGCAAUUACCGUCGCCGUAAACGACGACCCAAACAAAUGAUAUCGACCAUUCAGAAGCCUCCAUCAACAUCCUCGUCAAUACCUUUAGACGAAUCAUCGUUAUCCUCAUCAGAAUCGAAUCAUAAUUCACUAUUAAUAUCAUCGCAUAAUGAUGAUGAUGAUAUCAAUCCAUCGACAAAUUACGAUCAAUAUUCUUUCCUGAAAAUCGAACCAUCAGAUUCGAAGAAACGACGACGUUCACCAACACCUGAACAUGAUGCCAAGAAAAAAGUCAAAACAGUCUCAGCAUUUUCAUCUAUUGAUACAUUGAUUGCACCAACCAAAGAAAGCAAAUCUGUUGAUUCCUCAUUAUCUCCUUGUCGAUAUAAUAAUAACAAUAAUAAUCCUCCAUAUUUAUCAUCAAUUCCUCCUCAAUAUUUAUCGUUAUUAACAAAUAGUUUUGGUCUUAAUCCCGUCUAUAAUCGACAUUUUUCAACAAAAUAG